AUGAAUACAAGUAAUUUUACUGGUUUUUUUCUAUUCGGUGAUGAAUAUAAUUUAAGUAAUUCUGUUAUUGUUGUUCCAGUUUUAAAUGAUAGUUUAAUUCGAAUGGAAAUAACUGAAUUUAUACAAAAAGUUAAUUUUUGGAUUACAAUUAUGGAAAUUGUUAUGGUUAUAUGUGGCAUAAUUGGAAAUGGUCUUGCACUUAUUGUUAUAAAUCGUCGUUCAUUACGUGAUACGUCAUCAAGUGUAUUCAUAACAUAUUUAGCUAUAUUUGACAUAUCUGUACUUGUUGUUCAUAUAACAAGUUUAGCAACUUCACAUUUAAUUCAUUCAUAUAUAGCACAUUGUUUUCUUACUUAUCUAACUGAUCUUGUUACAUUUUGUAGUGUUUGGAUUAUCGUUAUAAUGACGUUAGAACGUUGUGUUGCUGUACGUUCACCAUUUUUAGCUAAACGUUUUUGUACAACAGAACGUGCACGUUCUUCAAUAUAUAUUCUUAUAUUAUUUGCAUUUAUUUUAUUUUCAUCAACAUUCCCUUUUAUAUAUACAAUAGAUAAAAUUCAACAAAAAUGUGGUGUUCGAUAUCGAUAUCAAAGAAUAAUACGUUUUAUAAAACCAACAAUAUUUUAUUUUGUACCUGAUCUAUUGUUAUUAGCAAAUUUAUUUGUUAUUUAUGAAUUAUUUAUGGCUAAACGACAACGACAACAAACAUUAAUGAAUCCUGAAAAUGCUAUUCAUCAAUUGGGUGCUGUUUCAUUUAAUCGAAAACAAAGACAAUUAACAGUAAUGCUUGUUACUGUUUCAUUCGGUUUUUAUUUAUUUACAACACCUGCUAUUGUUGAUUAUAUUCGUCAAAUGAAUCCACCAAAACAUCAUGAUGUAAAACGAUUAAAACUACGUUUUUUAAUGACAAAUUUGUCUGUUCUUUGGCUUCAAAUGAGUUCAGCAACCAAUUUUCUUUUUUAUUGUUUGGCUGGUUCAAAAUUUCGUGCAGCUACUAUUGACACAGUAAGUGAUGUUUGUGAUUUUAUACAAACAAAAUUAAGUAAAGAUGGUAAUCAUAUACCGCGACGUCGAAGACAAACUAAAAGUGAUCUUCUUUCAAGUGAACAUGAACUUAGAAAUGGUUUAAAUAAACGUCGAUCAAGUUCGAUACCACGUAUAAGUGUAUAUCCAGCGCGUCGUUUAACAACACAAUCUAGCAAUGAAAUCAAAAUUGCUUCACAAUCUAUCAAUAGACCAAUAUUGGAAAAUGUAUUGAACGAAGUAGAAGUUUAA